GUAGAAUCCUGACUGUGGAAUGGGAGGAAAGUCGAAAACUGGCUUUGCCGCUAUAUCGGCGACGGCAACUGCAUUUCUGUGUAUUUUAUUGGCGUUUUCAACGCCCUACUGGCUAGUGAACGAUGGAUUUAUCGCAGAUGCAAGUUUUCAGAAAAUUGGUCUCUGGGAGGUGUGUUUUAAUAAUUUCGAAGACUUCCACCAUCGCUUCGACUACAAAUUCACUGGCUGCUGGUGGGUCUUCGAAGAGGAAUACUACAUCAUCGACGACUUUCUCUUGCCAGGUUUCUUCAUUGCCACCCAAUUCUUUUUCACGUUGUGCAUGACUUUGGUGCUGGUGGCCGCUUUUCUAACAUGGAUGUACUGCUUCUGCAGCAGGGACCACGACAAAUACUACUUGCUGUUGCUGACCAUUGCCUCCAAUCUGAUCCUGGGCGGCAUAUGCGGCCUGAUUGCUGUGCUGAUCUUCGGCUGCAAAGGCGAUAGUCGAGCCUGGAUGCCCUACUGGCAUCAUAAUGACUUGGGCUGGUCUUUUGGAAUUGCCUGCUUGGGAGCCCUUCUGCUUUUCCCGGCAGGAAUCCUGUUUUUGGUGGAGGCCCGAAGGGUCCGUUACAGGCGCUUAAGUGGACCUGCCCCUCAUCACACUGACAUCUAGCUAGUUAAUCUGGGCAAUUACUCUACUUGCCCGCCAAAUGCUAGAUAAUUUUUUAACCAGCAUGACUUUAAACUCGACUCAUUUAUUCUCGAAUUUCAUUACUUGGUUAGUGUGGAUAUGGUUGUUAGUAAACAACCUACUAGAUUUACAUAUAAAUUCUACUAUAUACGUUUCGUUGAAUUUUGUUUACUUCUAAGUUAAGUUUUUAAAUGUGUACCUAUGUAUUUAGAUAUAUGAUUUUGUUUAGUUGCGAUCCACUCCGUCCGUGCCACAACCGCCAAUGGCACAUAUUUUUGUACUAUAAUUACCUCAUGUAAGGCAAACAUUUAAAUAUAUUGCGUUUUGUAAA